UGUGAUGGGGAGCGGAUCAAGCUUCUCUCCAUUUGGUUUCCAGUCGCGUCCUGCGCGCUGUAGGACGCACAAACGAUCAGCUGAGCAGCGUUUCUCUCUCAGAGGGAGAUAGACAGAGCCGUGUUCAGUCAGAGUCUCUCUCUCCCUCUCUGUAUUUGGACAGUUCAACGGAGUUUGGUGCGGGCUCUGUUUUUACACUUGUGCAUCGCAGCUGCUUUUGUGAACGAGAUGUUGGAGAUAUUCGCUUCGCCAAAAUGAACACAGACUGCACCAAGCCUUCUGUUGCUCCAAAGCCAAGAUUUGUUUGUCACGCCAGUCUGAAGCUGCCUUCCCCUCUCAUGUCUGUGGCCAGGGGUCCCAAACCUUCUAUUGCCCCAAAACCUAAAGUCACACCUGAGCUUAACGGCAACCAGGGAGGAUGCAGUAAUGGUGGCUUGCUAACUUCAGACAGCGAGGUUGAUGAAGAGCAUGAGACGGAGAAUGGUCUAAACAAAGCGAUUACAGCAGAAGAACAAUUCAACGCCUACGUCCUAAAAUCACCACAAAAAGAUUUACAGAAUGUGUCACCGGGGCCGGAGGACGGAGAGGUGACAGAAGAGGAAAAGGAAGAGGAGGAAGACGUGAUUCAGAAGAUGGAUGAGGACUGGAGAUUAACUGACAGUGCUGUAACAGAGGAGGUGGACUCCCUGGAGACACUGUGGGUCAGUGAUGCUGGACUCACAGCUGACUCCGAAGAGGCAGUGGAGAUGAUUGACACAGACAUGACGGAGGACAUGGAGGCUGAAGGUUGUGACGCAGGCGAGGCUCUGGCUGACACAGAUGGCCUCUCUGUGGGAGAUAUUUCUGUUAAUAGCACUGAUGAGCAGGCCAUUUGCCCCUCUGCUGAAAAUCAAGACGUAAGGCAGGAACAGCUCCAGGUCAAAGAGGAUGAAACAGCUGAUGAUUUAUCUGAAUCUCUCACAGACGAACCUGGCAUACCCAUCAAUGAAAACAUGAGGGACACUGAUUCACAACAAGAUUUUCUAUCAGAUGGAGAAGAGAAAGGGGAGGAGUCUGCUUCUGAUUAUGGCUUCUCUUGCAACAUGCUGAAUUUGAGGUGUGGCCAUAAAAUAAAGGAAAAGGGCGAAAUUCUACACAACAUUAGUUUUUAUGACUUUAUCCCUGAAGACCAGAAACAGUUCUGUGAUCCAUCUAAGAAACAUGUUGCCUUAGAGGACAAUCCAACCCGUGAACCUUAUUAUGUCUGUUCAGAAGACAUUAUCAACAGAGACAUGAUGCCACGGAAUAACAGCUCAGCUCAUGGACUGCCAGAUAGUCCACAAACACUACAGAAGCUUUUGUCUGUGAACUGCAGUGGAAUAUCAGCUGGGAAACAUGAGGAAACAGCAGAAAAUGGACAAAUAGAUUGUAUGUCUCCUGAGAAUUAUGUGGAGAUUGGUAACAGCGAUGAAUAUGACUGCGACAAAGAUGAUGCGAACAAGGUAAGAACAUGUCAGAAAAGGACAUCAGGAGAGCACAAAGCUCAUACAGCGGAGGCCUUGCUGAAUCAUCUGGAGUGCCAGCCGAGGUUCAGGCUGGUAUCGAUCUCAGUGCCAACGGACACUGACACCUCACUGACCUCUUCGCUCUCUGAAAGCCAGCUGCUUUCCCCAAACGACUCCGACGUCUUUAGAGACGACGACGACGACCUGGAGGGUCACAUAGUGCCGUUUCUGGACGACACCACUGACACAGAGCAGGACAUCAGUGAUGAGCAUGUUUAUGAGGAGCCACGCCACAGUUCGGAGGGUGAACAUGUUUUUCCAUUUGACAGGAAGGCCACAGGGAUGCGAUCCCACUCACUUUCACACCACACUAAUAACAGUGUGGCUGAGAAGGGAGUGCAGUUUGUUCAGAGGCCCUACAUGAGUGGAUUCGGACAACCUGCACUGAGCAGCAGCCCCAUGUUAAGCUCGAUGCGAUACAAGAGCUACUCCAAACCCCACUAUUUGUCCUUGUAUCCCCGCUCCCUCUCCAUGGAGGGACAAGACAUGCCUCUGUGUGUCUACAGAGACAGAGAAGAAUCUCAGAGACAGAAGGGUGCCAUUUGUUCAUCUGGAAGCUUCUCCAGGCGCUCACCUUUGUCAUCCAGUGGCCUGUCCACUCCAACAUCUGUAGUGGAUAUCCCCCCUCCAUUUGAGCUGGCCUACAUCACCAAGAGACCCAUCACAAAGAGCUCCCCCUCACUUCUCAUCGAGGGAGACUCAUCAGAGAAAAACAGGAAGAAGAAGUCCUCCAUUAAACGCUUCCUGAUGCUUAAGUUUAGGCGGAAAACAGAGAGCAAGUCUGUGGUGGAUGUCAACCCGUCCUCCUUUAAGUCCUCAGCAGAAUCCAGCCACCACACACCCAGCAGACUGCUGGAUUUAGACAGACACAGCUUAAGUAGUUCUCCACAGCUCAACUCACGCUCUGCUAGUAAACCUCAAGUUCCAUCUGAGCCGGCCUCCACCUUCUUGUUCUACAAGGAAAGUAAAAGAAAAGGGAACUCUGUGGCCUUCCUCAAUCGUAGUGUUGUCCGAGUGGAGUCCUUUGAGGACCGCUCCCGUGUGCCUUUCAUACCUCUUCCCUUGACCAAGCCUCGCUCCAUCUCCUUCCCCAACACAGAUACCUCAGACUAUGAGAAUGUUCCUGCCAUCAGCUCGGACUACGAGAACCUACAGGUCCCACAGCGUAGGCCUGUUCGACAGGGACCGUUCACGGACUUCUUUGACCGUCCCAGUUGUGUGCUGUCGUCUGCCAAUGACACGGAUGGUUAUGUGGACAUGAGCAGCCUCCCUGGGUUCAAGAGCAAAACUCAGUCACCUGAAGAGGAAACAGAAAGUGCCUACACAGAAGCCUACAAUGUGUGUGCGGUGGCUGUCAGUCCACAGACUGGUUCAGCGGGUGAUGUCAGGGGAGAGACAGCGGGUGAGGAAGACCAGGGGCGCACCUCUGAGGAGGAAGACGGAGGUGCAGACAGCAAUUAUGACAGACAGCCUGAUGGCAGAUCCAGAGCCUUUUACAUCGCCAAAGAACUGGUGGAUACAGAGAGAUUGCAUGUGAAAGCUCUCAAGCUUCUGCAGGAGGACUUUCGGGAAGCAGUGGGGGCAGCCGUUGGGGACGAGGGGGAACCUGUGUUGGAGGAAGAGAGGCUUCGAGAGAUUCUCAACGAGCUGCCUGACGUUUACUCCCUGCACCGCAGAAUCCUCACCGAGCUGGAGAACCGAAUCCGACACUGGGAGGAGAGCCAGAGAAUUGCAGACAUCUUCCUGUGCAGAAAAGCGGAGUUCUUGGUUUUUACCACUUACAUCGGCCACUACGACCGAAGUAUGAACCUGCUGGAGGACAGCUGCCGAACUUCACCUGCCUUUGCAGCAAUCGUUCACCAGUUUGAGCAGAGUCCAGCUGGGAAGAAGGUUUCUCUCAAACACCAGCUCCUGCAGGUCAUUGUGCGUGUUGCUCAGUACCGCAUGCUCCUCACCGAUUACCUGAACAACCUCUCCCCUGACUCCAAGGAAUAUGAAGACACCCAAGCUGCUGUGGCGAUUGUGUCUGACAUCGCAGAUCAAGUAAAUGACAGUUUAAAACAUGGGGAGAACCUGUUGCGUCUGGUCAACAUAGAGUACAGUGUGCACGGCCAGCGAGACCUGCUGCAGCCUGGCAGGGUUUUUGUUAAGGAGGGCACCCUGAUGAAGGUCAGCAGGAAGAGUCGCCAGCCCCGUCAUCUGUUUUUGAUGAACGACGUGUUGCUCUACACCUACCCUCAGCAGGACGGGAAAUACAGACUGAAGAACACUCUGCCGCUCACUGGGCUGAAGGUCAGUAAACCCAUCAUAGAAAAUGUCCAAAAUGCACUGAGGAUCGAAGGAACAGACGUCUCCAUCACUCUUUCUGCGAGCUCCUUCAUUGAAAGAGAGGACUGGUUUUACACUCUAAGCCGCGCUGUAACUGAACACACCAGGGGAUCUGUCAGCAGCUGCUCAGGAGAGGCCAGAGAUCGUCUCCAUCUGUCUCUAGGAGAGAAAGCUCCCACGCUUGUUCCAGUCUCACAAGUGAUGAUGUGUAUGAACUGCACCUCAGAUUUCAGCCUCACUCUUCGUAAACACCACUGCCACGGCUGCGGGAGAAUUGUUUGUCGGAGCUGCUCCAGGAACAGAUAUCCACUGAAAUACAUGAAAGACCGCAUGGCCAAAGUGUGUGAUCACUGUUACAACGAGCUAAAGAAGAGAGGAGCAGAUGUGUCUGUACUGACGGGUAAAAACAGCCCUCGUUUAAACCGCUCCAGUCGUCCUCUCUCUGCUGUCUUCCAAAACAUUCAUCCUCCCAACAUUUGGAGACAUCGGAAAGGCACCGUCACCUUCAACCAGGUGACAGUGUCAGAGGAAGGCUCCAUUAGUGGCAGUCUACAGCGCAGCAAGAGGAGCAAGAGGAACUGGAAGAGACUGUGGUUCCUUCUAAAAGACAAGGUGCUUUACACCUACCGAGCUCAAGAGGAGAAAGUGGCGUCAGAGAGUUUGCCUCUGUUGGGUUUCACAGUGAAGCUGCCUGACAAGCAGGAGGGAGAGGAGGAGGCCAACGUCUUCCAGCUUUACCACAAAAACACUCUGUAUUACACCUUUAAAGCUCAGGACAACUACACAGCCCAGAGGUGGGUAAACGCCAUGGAGGAAGCCACAGUUUUAUAGGAUCAGCUGCUCUGGUCAGUUUCUGAAAAUAGAAGUGUGCUGCCUUUCUUCAUCCACAAUCUCCUGUCCCUACAAAAAAUAACCGACUGUGAAACCAAAAGGGGAAUAUAGGGGAUAAAAAACAAUAUUUGAUUAUGUCUGCAAGCUGUAACUUGAAGAAGACGUUUUGUUCUUUUAGAGGGGACGCGAUCACCUACUUUGCCAACCUCCAGUGUCCCCUGCCCGCUGUUACAAGCAGGUGUGAUGCUGAGAGCCACGAGAGGCGAUGGCCCAGAUACCUGCCAGCGUGGAACAUUACACUGACGUGACCUGUAUUUCCCCGCAGCAGCUGAUCAGCGACAUUCCUCCUAUUCAUGGGGAAGAUUGUGGAUUUUUGGAAAAGAAAUAUCUAUUUUAUGAUUUCAACUUUUUUUUUCAACAUAUCAUAUCAUAACAUAACAAAUCAUUUCAAUAACUGAUUUUACCACCAUUUCCAGGGAGGCAGAAAAAAUAUCAAACAAAUUCAGCCUCACUCAGAAAUGUCCAAAUCUGGAAUGGCCUGAUUUUCAGUGUAAAACAUUUAUUAGUAAUGACUUUGUUUCAACAUCUGUUCUUCCACUGGAUUAAAUGCAUCUUUAUGACUAAUAAUUUAAAGCACAGGCUUAAUCAAAGAAUAAGUAAUUUUAUAUGUAUAGAAGUGUCUGUAGCUUUGCAAUGUACUGUAUCUAUUGUUGGAGAUGGUCCUGCCAGUGAAUGAAUAGUUUAUGCUUUUUUUGCACUGAUAUAUAGAGAAAUGAACCUGAAAAGGAAUAUGAGUGUACCUUCAUCAUAGAGGCCCAAAGCUUCAGCUACUGUACUUUACUUACUUAAUUAAUUUACUUAACAUACUUUUCUAUCGGGAAACUGUGGACAAGUUCUUUAUUGUUUUGAAUACCUAUAACAAGUAUAAUGUAAAUUCAUAUUUGUGUAAAGACUGUUGCCCUGAACCACGAAUUGCUGAUUUCACUGAUCUACAUGAUCAGUGUACUGGACUUUGUACUGUACUUGAUUUAUUAAGUUUAUUUCUAACACUGUUAUUUUAAAAUCAAGUAAAGGAGGCUGUGAUAAUGGA